UCCUCAGCACUAAUUUUUUCACAUCCUUCCCCUGCAGAAGAGGAUGGAGACAGACCUCACGACACCUCUGCGUCCAAGAGAGCGGAUUAAUACGCAUUCUCGCCAGCGGGUGAACGCGCCGAUGCUGUCCGCGCGCCAGAAGCUUUGCUAAAACGCGACGCAUUUCUAUGUCUGUCUGUCUUUCUUUAAAAAAAAAAAAAGAAAAAAGGAAGCGACCAUAUUGAGGUCAGAAGAAAGCGUUGCCAAGGCGACCGGCUUGCUAGGGGAGGACACUGCGGCGCGCGUCACGUCGGGGGCGAGCGUGCGAGCUUGUGAGCGCGCGCGUGCCACAGCGAGCUGAAGCGGUCGCGGGCACAGACACAGCGACAAACGGGCAGAAGCGCCACCGCCGUCCGACAACACCGUACCGGGGAACCGCACCGUGGCUCCAGGCGCUGCUCGGAGUCUUUUCUGAGGGGAUUUAACGAGGAUUUUUUUUCCCCCGGGGUGGAAAAAAAAAGCCGUUUCGACCGCAGGAAGAGCUGUAACCGCUGAACAGCACAGGUGACACUCCGCGGCUGCCACAUCCGCCGAGUCCCUGCAGACACGUCCCGGUUGUUUGGGGGUUAUUUUGUCGUUGAAGGGCCUCGAUAAACACUGACUUUCCUCCUGAGGCGGAUGAAUGCAUGUUGUGCUCUGCUCGGAUGGAGAAUCACACAACAUCCCUCUGUAUGUGCUGUGUAAUGCAGUAGAGCGGCUUUAUUUGUUGGUCUGCACUCAUCGUCUCCUAUCAUGAAGACCCACCUGCUGGCCCCGCUGGACUGAACGAGGUAUUAUUAGUGCUGCCGGAAGUGGCUUCCUUUUUUUUUUCUUCUUUCUUUUUUUUUCAAAAAAAAAAAAGAAAUGUUAUAAUUGAUUUAUUUUCAACCCCUUUUUUUCUGGGGCUCUAUUUUCCAUCCUUUUUGUCUUUAUUGGCACAGUUUUUGCUCGAGUGAAGGAAGGGAUAGUGAAGAGGACAAGGAGAAGAAGGAAGAAAUCUCAGGAAAGCAAAGCCGCACACACACAAGAAAGGGGAGUCUUCAGUGGCAGUCACACAUUAACAGGACUCAGUUGACUGUUCAGAACAUCAGUCUAAUGAUCAGGAUGAUAGAAGACCAAUAGGGAUGGAACGCAACAGAGCCAUGGCUGGGGAAGCAUUUCGAAUCGCCAUUGCUCAGAAUCAGCACUGACGUGACGCGCAGACCAAGGUUCAACCAGCAACUGUUCUGUUCCUCAUCUCACCUCCACUCAGUGCUUGUGGUUAACGCUCCUGUCUGCUAAUCCCUCUCUUAUGCUUUAUCUUCCGAUUUGUCGGUUCGUAAUCCCGCCGUCUUUCACAGAAAACACAGAGCGACUCCACAGCAGACGAGAAGCAGGAGGCCUGACAGUAUGAAUACAGUCAUGUGCUCCCUUCCGCUUCCUUUAAGCAGACAGAGUCGGCGGGGUUUGUCGCCCAGGACGCGCCCCCUCUUUCUUUUGACGGACUGGUGCCUGAUGGGCGCGCUCAGCCUCACUCUGCUGCUCAGCCUGGCCUCCAGCCAGAAGACGGACCCGUCGAAACACCCCAUAGUCACCACCAACUACGGCAAGCUCCGAGGUAUCAAGAAAGACUUGAACAAUGAGAUCCUAGGCCCCGUGGAGCAGUACCUGGGUGUUCCCUACGCCACGGCACCCAUCGGCGACCGCCGCUUUCAGCCGCCCGAGGCCCCGGGAUCCUGGCAGGAGAUCCGCAACGCCACGCAGUUCGCCCCCGUGUGCCCGCAGAACAUCCACGGAGUGCUGCCAGAGAUAAUGCUGCCCGUGUGGUUCACGGACAACCUGGACGUGGCAGCGGGCUACAUCCACAACCAGAGCGAGGACUGCCUCUACCUCAAUGUCUACGUGCCCACAGAGGACGAUAUCCGUGACCGCAGGAAGAAGCCCGUCAUGCUGUUUAUCCAUGGAGGCUCCUACAUGGAAGGCACCGGGAACAUGUUUGACGCCAGCGUCCUCGCUGCAUACGGCAACGUGAUCGUGGUGACCAUGAACUACCGGCUCGGUGUGCUCGGUUUCCUCAGCACUGGCGAUCAGUCUGCAAAGGGAAACUACGGCCUGCUGGACCAGAUCCAGGCUCUGCGCUGGCUCAAUGAGAACAUCGGUCACUUUGGUGGAGACCCAGAGAGGAUCACCAUCUUCGGCUCCGGAGCUGGCGCGUCCUGCGUCAACCUCCUCAUCCUCUCGCACCAUUCAGAGGGUCUGUUUCACAGGGCCAUAGCCCAGAGUGGAACAGCCAUCUCCAGCUGGUCCGUCAACUACCAGCCACUCAAGUACACGAAGAUCCUCGCCCGGAAAGUGGGCUGCACCUACGCGGAGACAGCGGACCUCGUCGACUGCCUGAGACGCAAGAACUUCAGGGAGCUGGUGGACCAGGACAUCCAACCAGCGCGCUACCACAUUGCCUUUGGCCCGGUAGUUGAUGGCGAUGUGGUGCCCGAUGAUCCUGAGAUCCUCAUGCAGCAGGGGGAGUUCCUCAACUACGACAUCCUGAUAGGAGUGAACCAAGGAGAGGGCCUGAAGUUUGUCGAUGACAGUGAGGACAACGAUGGCAUCUCAGCUGCGGCGUUCGACUACACCAUCUCUAACUUUGUAGAUAAUCUCUAUGGAUACCCCGAAGGCAAAGACAUCCUGAGGGAGACCAUCAAGUUCAUGUACACCGACUGGGCAGACAGAGACAAUGGCGACAUGCGGAGGAAGACGCUCUUAGCUCUGUUUACAGACCACCAGUGGGUGGCGCCAGCAGUGGCCACUGCCAAGCUCCACGCUGAGUUUCAGUCACCAGUGUUCUUUUACACAUUCUACCAUCACUGCCAGACGGAGACGCGACCCGAAUGGGCCGACGCCGCCCAUGGAGAUGAGAUACCGUACGUGUUUGGUGUGCCCAUGAUCGGUGCCACAGAUCUGUUCCCCUGCAACUUCUCCAAGAAUGAUGUGAUGUUGAGUGCCGUGGUGAUGACCUAUUGGACCAACUUUGCCAAGACUGGGGAUCCUAACCUGCCAGUCCCCCAGGACACCAAGUUCAUUCACACCAAGCCCAACCGCUUUGAAGAGGUCAUCUGGACCAAGUUUAACUCAAAGGACAAGCAGUACCUCCACAUUGGCUUAAAACCACGUGUAAGAGAUAACUACAGGGCCAACAAGGUGGCCUUCUGGCUGGAAUUAGUUCCUCACCUCCACAGCCUACAUGAGGUGUUCUUCCCGACCACUACCCGCUCUCCGUCGGUUCCUCGUACAGGCACCUAUGGAACCUGGCCCAGACCCCAGGGCCCUCGCACCACUCGCCACCCUUACCCCACGUUCCCGUCUGAGCCAGAACCUGAGGGUUCGGAGCGUCCGCCGCAAGUUCUUUUCCCCGGAGACACACGAGACUAUUCCACAGAGCUAAGUGUGACGGUCGCCGUGGGGGCGUCACUUCUCUUCCUCAACAUUCUGGCCUUCGCCGCACUUUACUACAAGCGCGACAAGCGGCACGAGAUGCGACGCCACCGCCUGUCUCCUCAGCGGGGCGGCCCGGCCAACGACCUGGCUCACAGUCAGGAGGAGGAGAUCAUGUCGCUGCAGAUGAAGCACUCGGAGCACGACGCUCACCACGACAUGGAGCCUCUCAGGCCCCAUGACAUCCUUCGACCCGCCUGCCCACCCGACUACACACUGGCGCUGCGCCGCGCCCCUGACGACGUGCCGCUGAUGACGCCUAACACCAUCACCAUGAUGCCCAGUACCAUCACCAGCAUGCAGCCUCUCCAUGCUUUCAACACCUUCCCCUCCACUGGCCACAACAACACCUUGCCCCACCCCCACUCCACAACCAGGGUAUAGUAGGGACUGCGCUGACACAGCACCACCCAAGGACCAGCAAGUCUGGCUGUGCCACUGAUCUAGAAGGAAGGCCUCUGGGUGUGGGCCUUUGUUCUGAUCUCUGAUUUCUCUUGUCUCUCUCAGGCUGUCAAACUCAGCAGCGACCUCCACUGGUGGCAUGUGGAGAAGCAACUGAACUACAAGGCAGCAAAUGAUGACUUUGGGGUGGUACAGAUCUCAUAGAGAUACUGCUUUCAAAGAAAGUCUUCUGUUUCCAGACUAAAGCCCUCUGACAUUUGUCAAAAGGGCCGUACACUUUUACUUUUGUGUCAUCGUUACUUUUUACUCUCACUUGUGUAUUAUGGUUCUUUUUUUUUUCUCCCACAUCUGUGUCUUAUCCCUGCUUUGAUCCCCUCAUUCAACAUGUGAUUCUAUUUCUCCCCAGUGCUCCUUUGCUCUAGACUACUGAGCUAUAGAAGGAGACAUAGAGUACACACACUAAAUAUACAUAAAGCUAUGAAAACACUGAUAUCUGAUACUUUCAUUCUACCAGCAUUUUUGGUGCCAAGUAUGUACAAAUGUGUUUGUUUUCUCUUUGAGGGAGUGGAGAAAAACUAAAGGAAAUUCUAGACUAUUCCUAUUUACUGUCAACUAACAGAUUCUGUGUGUUCUCAUGACAAAGUGCCAAACUGGCCCUUGAUUGUGUUUUUUUUUUCAUGUUCUCUUUCUUCUUUUUUUUGAGUCAUUUGUUGUUCAAUUGUUGUUUUUUGUGGAACGAUUUUCUUGCUGAAAAUAUAGAUAUAGAGAAAUGAUAUUAUAUAUAGUUAUAUAUAAAUAUGUACAAAGCAGAAAGCAUAUAAAUGGGUUUUCUCAGUGGGGGAUCUAUGCAUGAAUUAUUUUUAAAGAUGAUGAUGGGGGAUCGAACUCUGUAUCUGUCAAUGCACGUUUCCCAAAUCUUCUCAUAUCAUAUCAGUCCACAUUGGAUUUUGGUCUGUUAAACCUCAAAGAAUAAGAACAAAGCAGAAAAGUCCACCUCUUCACCUCCCAACACUCAUUUUUUAAAAAAGAGCCUUUGCCACAAAUCUCACUGGAUCAAAUCAGGAGCAUAGUCAUCCGUAGCAUCUCCAAGCAAAUGCAACAAAGCUACAGCAAUGUCAUCAUCUCGCUGUAGCGGCUUCUUCUUUUCCAUUCGCUCCCUUUUUGCAGUGCUUGUUGUACUCAAUCGGUUGCAGGCUGGUGGUGUGUAUGGGAUUAUUUUUGUAUUUCAAUGAGGACGAGAGACAAAGCAGAGCCUCUGUUCUUUUACACCUACCCUCUCCCGUCUGCGCCACUAUUUCCAGCACAUGCAUAUUCUGUUUGUGUGUGUGUGUGUGUGUGUGUUUGUGUCAGACCAGCUUCACAUUGGCAUAUGCAUGCCCUAAUUAGACAGCAAGGAGAUAGAAAGAUGGAGAAAGGCAGACAGGCUGGAUAAUCCCCAUGGGAGUUGGAACUCCUUCCUGCUGCCGACCAAAAUGCCUCCCUUUUUUGCCAACCUCACCCCACUUCUCCUCUCCUCUCCUCUCCUCUCCUCUCCUCUCCACAUCAAUACUCAAGCUUUGCAUUCACGAGUAACACCCACAUUGCAGUGAUGGCCCAUACACACCCCACUGUGACCACCUGACUUCACUGUGUCUGCUCCGUUCUACACAAUUUCUGACCUCAGUUGAGCUCUGCUUGUUAUCCUCACUUUCAAGGGUUACUUCACAAGGUUAGGGAGUUUUUUUGUUGUGAGCUCAUCAGUUGUAAUUGAAACUCUUAAGCACACUGAGGGGAACUGGUGGUCCUUCACAGACUGCAGCACAGAGCUGCGAGACGAAAGGGGGCUCGGAUCUCCUUAACAGGGUUAAAGCAACACAUUGGUUCUGGUUACUGUUUCCUCUCCUUUUUUUCUUUUUUUUUGGAGAGGUGAGGAUGUGCAGGCUUACGGGAUUUCACAAAUUGCAUCAUGGGAUAUACUCUGGUAAAUACAGUAUGGUAACUGAACUGAUGAGCUAUUAUUUGGGCCCACAGGAACCCAUGGAAGCCUACAUCCAGUAUGGGGGAAGUUAGUCACCGGUGCUGUCUUUGCUUGUGCUCUAGCUUUAGUGUGUUUGUUUGUUUACUGUUAUGUUACUGCCUAAAUUGGGGGGGGUGGGGGGGUUGGAAGGACAGACAUACACAGUACCUGGCUGCUCCUGUCAAGGGGUUUGUAAGCCUCCUGAAAGGGAAACAUGCACAACGUAAAACAUAAGACGACUGACUCGGGCGUGUUGCAGGCGGACGUGUGUGAUAGACGAUGAGCAGGAAAGGUGCAAGCUAUGGAGAUGAGGCGAUUGGGAAGAGACUGGAAAAAAAGACUCACAGCCUGUAAUGUUGAAAUCAACGUGUCAGACGAUUGACAGGAGGAGAUGAAGUGAAAAUCAAAGGCUCACCUUUCUACCACCUUGCUACUCUGUCCUAUGGAGGAUCUGUCCAAUCAGACCCAUGUGAACACUUUUGUACUCACGCCUGUGGAUUCAGAGGUUGUGAAGUAAACCUCACCACAACACAGCUACAGUGACAGCACUGGAGGUGAAAACAGAAACAAGGUAUUCAGUUUGGUCUGUACCAUUUCUUUGGCUAUUUUGUAAACUUAACACUUGAGGGCGCUCUUUUGGCAGAUUCACUGCAGUUUGCCCACUGAGGAAACUGGAUGUGUGAAGAAAAAUACCAAACUUUGUGGCAGGACAGAGACACACGACAUCUGGAAGAGGAUCUAAACUGUACAUUUUUAAGUGUAAGAAUCAAACAGACAAAAUAUUUGUAAAUAUUAAGUUUCAUGUUCGUUUUUUUCCCCUUUUUUUUUUCUGAGUGAAUGAAUGAAAUACUUAUUUUGUGACAACAGAAGACAACAGGUGCAGUUAGCAGAAAAACAUGCCCCCAUAGAGAUUUCAAACUCACUGGUGAGUAAAAUUGCUUGCCGCAUUGAAGUACAAAUUUGUUUUAUUUUCAUUACCUUGUCUUGUUCUCACGUUGCCCAUUAUACUAUCAAUCACAUGGGCAUUCUUGUAGCAUCAUGAUUCCUAAUCAGGAAUGUCAUUGUAGCAGAAUUAAUUUCCUCUGCAGUUCCCGCAUCAAUAUGUAUUCAGCAUUUGCCGUGUUCCUAUGAAUAUUACAUGUUGACAUUUGAAAAUGUUGUUUCAGUCUCGUUUUAAGCUUAAGCAGACUUUUAUUUUGAAAACUGAUCCAAGUGUACUCCUGACGACUCUGCACUGCAUAACGGGUGUGACUUUCAGAGGCAAAAAUGACUGAUACAAGCCAGCUUGGCCUUUUGUCAGCUAACUAAUGUAAUGAAAGUGUAGGGAACUGGCCAGUGAUUCAUGGCCACGACUUGUCAUCUGUCCACAGACAUGAAUGCAGUCAUAUGAAAAGUGAACCCACUUUACAUGUAGCAAUGUUUACAUGUUGCCACUUAAUCAUUUGUGGGACAGACAUGAGGGCUUUGAUACCAUAAGAUGCCUCAUACCAUUACAGAGUAACUCCAUCACACAUUGUGCUGCAUUGUGAUUAUGGCGGUUGUGUUGCUGUACAGUAAUGCGAUGUAGCAGGGAAGGGUUUCGUGGUGCAAACAGACGAAAGGUGGACGAAUGGCGUGAGGUGAAUCCGAAAAGUCUCACAGUGGAUGAGACUGAUGUUUGUGGACUCGCGUGUAACCAAAUGAACAGCACUGGAUCUCACUUGAUUCUUCCUUGAAAGGAAACAUGGUGGCUUCCUGCCCAUCAGUGAGGUGAUCUGGAGAUCCCGUGUCAUACCAGGUGCAGAUGCAUGAAAGCACAUGAUUAAAGCUGCUGACAGUGAUGCUGUCUUGUAGAAUACUGGAAAAGUUUCUCCGAGAUUCGUCGCCGUACUCUGAGACUAAGGCUACAUUCAUACAGCUGUUUUUUUUUUAAGACGGAUAAAAAACGAACAAUACACGUGUUUCCGCUCUAACUGAACGGUUAAGUAAGUUCUACUUAUGGGACGUAGCCUGAGAUAUCACUGAACACACACUCUUAAUCAGUGAUAGCUGUCAGAAUAAAGUGCUAAUGGAGUCAGACUUCAGUGAAAGUAUUUGACUGACAGCAGCUUUAACAGCCCACACUGGCAGACAGACACAAGAAGCAGUGCCGCAUAUACCGUCACACACAUAUAAAUCAUCAUCUUGCAAAGUUGCACCUGUUGUCUUGUUUUUACAUUCUUUGUUGAAUUCUGAAAUCAGAGACUUGAGAUUAAGAAAAAAUGUUAAAUAAUGGAAUAAAAAAAAGAGAACACAAUUAUUAAAAAAAAGUAAAGUAAAACUAUAUAAAUAAAUGAGGUGAUGAUAUUUCUGUUUACUUUAGAAGUUAUUAUACACUGUAUGCUGUGAUUCUGAUCUGGGAAACAUUAAAGACAUUCAUAGCCAGACUGCA